AUGAAUAAGCACUCUAGAGGUUACGAUUUAGAAUCUGAACUAGGACCAGCUCACAUUGAUUCUGGAAUGUUGAUUAAAGCUACUCAAAGAUUAUCUUUGUAUUGCAAAACUCCAAUAAAUUUUGAAAUAUGUGAGUUUCAACCAAGUAUUCCAUUGGCAGGAGAUUUAGGCCCAGAUAUUUAUAGCAUAAUUUCAUCUGAAUAUCAUCUUUCAGAUAUAGGGUUUUACCCUGUGUAGCCCUAUAAGGGCAGAUGAUUCCCGGUGGAAUCAUCGAGUUGUCCAACCAACUUAGUGCAUUGGUCGGGCCAACUCACUUGCUGAUUGGAUCAACUCGAUGAUUCCGUCGGGAAUCAUCUGCCCUUAUAGGGCUACAAAGGGUAAACCCCUAUAUCAAAUUAAAUGUGCCAGAAACACUUAUAAUUACUGCUGAACUGAAAUCACCUGUUUUAAUUUAUACAAAUGAUUUUGGUGUUAUUAAAGUUUUUUCUAAGUUCAAGUAACCUAUAUAUAGCGCAAUGUCUAAAUUUGUAUGGAUGGUAGAAAAGCAAUGCGAGAAUCAAGAAGGGCCUAAAUUCCUUCAUAAAACAAAUAAAGGAGUUACAAUAUGCUGUAACUCCAAGCAAGCAGUAAGAUCAUGAGUCCUUUGCAAAGAACCAUAUCAUAUGCUUCAAAGAUAUAUCGUUUCUGAUUCAAUAGUUCCUGAAAAACUAAGAGUUCACUGAUCACUCGGCGAAAAAACUGACUAUUUCAAAAUAAAUAGAAAAGGCACCAUUGAUAUCGAUGCUCUAUCAAAUGUUAAUACUCCAAUUAUAAAAUAUGAAAAGCCCAGAAAAUCGAGGAUACGUAAAAAACAAGAUACUAAUCACUUUGCAUAUGCUGCCAGAAUGCAUAAAACUUCGUUUUCUCCUAGUUUCCCUAAUAAGCCUACGCUUCUUGACUUUCACAAAUCUUUUGUAACGUCCCCAAAAAAUCCUUUGCUGUCUACUCAAGAUCUAUCAAGUAGAUAUCUUGUAAAAUCUUCAUCAACAAGUGAGAUCCAAAUAUCUCGAAUUUCUUCAGUCCCAGAAAUAGAAAGCAUGAUUUUAGUUAUAGCUAAAUUGACUGAAAAAAAAUCAACAAAGCCAAAAGAUGAAGUUUUAGUAGAGCUUACGGUUGAUUUUAUUAAAAAUAAAACUGGGAAAUGGCACUUUCUCAAAUGCAAAGCUCAUAAAUUUGAUUAUUUUUCAAGAAUCCGUAAUAUCAAUAUAAACACAAGCAAAAUAUUAGCAAGGUCAAGAACUGCAAGCCCUUUUCAAUUACACAAAUUGGAUGUUAAAUCAGAACACAAAUGUGUAAUAGAAAAUGUGGAAAAAAGACUUGAUAAUUUGAAAACUAAAACCAAAAACUUAGCAAGAGCAAGUCUCAAUAUAGAAGAAACUCAAAACAACAUAAAAAACGAAUAUUUAUGGAUAAAGACAGCAUCUAUACCAGGAGAAGUCCCUAUUUUGCAUUCAGGAAUAUCAAAACUUGGAGGAAAUUGCAUCUAUAGGAAUCCUUCACCUGCUAAAGACCUUGAUAAAUCUAUGACAAGCAUUAAAUUUUCAGAACAGCUCAAUAAAAUUGCAGAAAUUUAUGACUCGACUAGGCAGCAAGCAAGAAUCACACGUGAAGAGCGAAGAAAACAGAGGAAAAUUACACUUGUGGAGAAGAAAAAUCUUGAAUCGUUGAUAGCACAGAUUUUUGAAAUUUCGUCUCAGGAUAAUGAAACUGGGUUUUCUAUAAGAACAGAUGAAAUUCAUAGCAUAAAUAUGUUUCGUGUCAUUUUCUCAUAUUGCUUGAAUAGCUAUUCCCCAUUACUUAAAAACCUUAUAAUUCAAUCCCACAAAUUCACUACAUCUCAGCUGCACCGUAUCUUUGCGAUAAUUCGCAAAGUUACUAAAGAGUGUUUUUCUGAAGAAGAUUUUGAGCUGUUCAAUGAACGCUUAUCAAAGAUAUUUUCCCAACUAACCGAAAAUGUGCAGCAUUAA